AUGUUUUCGCUAUUGCUCUUACCAUUAACACGAUCGCUUUAUGGUGAAAUCAUAAGCAAAUAUGAUUAUCAAUUUUUUGAUGAAUCCUAUUCCGACGAUCUUGGAUUGAUAAAGAAACUUUACACAAAGGUCAGAUAUGAUGGUUCAAUAAAAAAUAUUCAAGAUGCAUCUGAUUUAGACUACAUGGUUAACAUUUCCCAUUAUCAUACUGAUAAUUAUAAUGUUUAUUUCACAGUCAAGCAGACAAUCACUAAUAAAGGUACCACAGAAAAGAAAAUUGACCUUUGUACAGCAAUGGUGUUCAAUGAAAUGGAUAAGUUUGUUGAUUCUUAUACUAUCCCGAAUUUUGGUUGGAGCUUGUAUUUUACAGAAACAUUUUACAACACUAUAGUUUUACAGAAUCAUCCAAUGGUUACAAAUGUUAAUGCCCAAGACUAUGGACUUGAUGAAGAGCCUAGAUUCUUUACAAACAAUCUCACAGCAUUGAAAAUGACUGUCACAGAUUCCCGGGGAAUUAAUUGGCUUUCGUUUUCCUGGUUAAAUAAUUAUAUUAAGCCUGGUGAAUCAGUUUCUUUCACUUAUUUAUAUUUUGAUAAAGAAUAUGAACCACCACUACUUCAGCUUGAUAAAUCACUCAUUACAGAGGAAGUUGAUAGUACCGAACCAAUCCAUCUUAAGGGAUCUUACUCACAUUAUUCCGAAGGAUUGAUGGCAAGAGCUUUUUAUCAAAUUUAUGACAGAAGAACUUAUAAACUUGCCAAAAGAGGACGCAUUGGAUAA